AUUCACUUGGGGAGGUAGAGAAGAAGAAUGUUGUUGUUUCAUCAUCUGCGUGCGUUUCCAACGACUUCUCUGUCUCCUCGUUCUCUCACCAUUUCCACUGCUCUCUCUUCUUCCUCUUCUUCAACGAAGCAACAACACAAGCUUUGGUCUGGUCUCGACAACUGGAGAAAGAGUCCUGUCAAUGACCUCCGUCUCUGGGGUCCUACUGGUCCUCUCCUUCCUUCUUCUGACUCCUCCAUCUCCCCCGGCUUCUACGGGCUCGUCUCAGCGGCGUCUUCUCUCGCUGAUCUCGGAGCUCUCGUGCUCUCAACCUCCGAUCCUCUCUCCAAAUCUCAUAUCUCCCAUUUAGCUUUCUCUCGUUGGCGCCGUGAGAAUCUCCCUGUUGGCUCAAUAUCUCAUCUUCCCUCUUCUCCAGCUCGUCCUCCCAAACCUCUCCUCGUUGCGACCAACGAAGUUCCAAAUCCGAAAGACUCAAACCUUCCUCUCAAUGCUCAUAUGCUUCAUAAUCUAGCUCAUGUCGAGCUUAAUGCUAUUGAUUUGGCUUGGGACACUGUUGCUCGUUUCUCCCCUUUCUUCCACGUUUUGGGUCGCAACUUCUUUGAUGACUUUGCUCAUGUUGCUGAUGAUGAGAGUCGCCAUUUCUUGUGGUGUUCCCAGAGACUCGCUGAGCUUGGUUUCAAGUAUGGAGAUAUACCGGCUAAUAAUUUGCUCAUGAGGGAAUGCGAGAAAACAUCCAACAAUGUCGCUGCUCGCUUGGCUGUUAUCCCUCUUGUUCAGGAGGCUAGAGGACUUGAUGCUGGACCUAGGUUGGUCAAACGGCUGACGGGAUUCGGAGAUAAUAGGACUUCUAAAAUCGUGGCUAAGAUCGCUGAGGAGGAAGUUGCACAUGUAGCUGUUGGUGUAGACUGGUUUCUCUCUGUGUGUCAAAAGAUGAACCGUGCUCCUUCCCCUACAUUUAAAGAUCUGAUCAAAGAGUAUGGUGUCGAGUUAAGGGGCCCUUUUAACCACUCAGCUCGGGAGGUAGCUGGCAUUCCGCGAGAUUGGUAUGAUCCAUCAUGUGGCACGGAAGUGGAUAAAGGCGAUAAUAAACAGGGUGACAAGGAACAACUUUCUGCGGUUUACGAUAGGCUCACUCAGAUUAUCUCAAUGGAGAGUGAGAAUUCAAGUCUCGAAAGGCCAGCCAAAUGAAAUGAUGUGGACGGAGUUGAUUUGAUGGCGUUAUAACUGAUGAAUGAGUGUCAGGCGUAAUUUCUUGGGCUCUGGAAGUACAAAUUAAUGUUUUUUCAUACA